AUGACCACGACAGAGGACAUCUACGAGCAGGCCGCGCUGUGGCAUCAGGGACAGCAUCGCGACGACUUUGACUGGGAUGGCUUUACUCGCUGGCUGGCUGCGAAUCCUGAGCAUCGUGCGUGUUAUAACGAGAUUGCGCUGCCCGAUGAAGAGAUCGAUCGCCUACGGCCCGCUCUUCUUCCGCGCGCGGUCAAAACAAAGGCGCACGCAAAUGGCUGCGCUGGCGCAUCGUCGCGGGCGCCGUUGCAGCCUCGGCCGUGGCCAUCGUAUCACUGCCGCUUCUGCGCUUUUGACGCGCCGACCGCCUCGCCGCGGCGCGAAAGCGACACUUGCGCUGGGUCGACAUUGGUUGCCAAUGUCGACAAUGCCCAUCACGUGCGGCUGACCGGGACCGCGUUCUUUGACGUGCGCCACGAUCCUGCUUCGCCCUUCACUGUCGAGGGCAGCCGACUUCCUCGUCAAAGAUGUCGGUACCCGGUUCGAUGUCUCUCUGGAGAACGGUAUUCUCAGGGGUGGCGGUUCAGGCCGGGACUGUGUCCGGGCAAGGCGCUUUCGCAGACCCAGGGACGCGGUGUGGUGGAGAUCACUGCCCGGCGACCGAGGCCGUCGGGAGCUGGCGGCAGGGCCGGCUCGUGUAUAACCGCGCGCCGCUCAGGCUGGUCGUCGCCGAUGUGUCGCGCUACGCAGGUCGGCGGGUGGAGAUCGACCGCGACCCGGGCCAACAGGCGUUUCUCGGGCGUCAUCACGAUCGAAGCGGGCGUGUCGGCUUAUCGACGCGCUCAGGCAGUUGACGGGGUUGGAUGCGAGUGGAAGGAAGCACUGUGCGUCUCGUCCGUGGUGCUGGCGGCUAGCGUUGCCGGCCCGGCAGCGGCGCAGGACCGUGUCCUUUCGAUUGACGUCCCCGCUGGUACGCUUGAGACGAUGCUCGCCGCGCUCGCCACUCAGACGAAGACAUCGUUCGCGCUCGAUGCUCCGCUUCCACAGCGCCGGGCGAUCGCGUUGCGAGGCCGGAUGACGAUCGAUGCCGCUUUACGCGCGACUCUUGGCAGGCACCGGCCUCUCGGCCCACCGCGUCGGACCGGCGACCUUUUCGGAUAUCGGCUGCCCCCUGCCGCCCGAACGCCGGCCCGACAGCCGCCAGCGCAGAUCCAACCGUUUCAUCGGACAUCAUCGUCACCGCCGGGAAGAUGCGCGAGUUGCUUUCGCAAGUGCCGGGACCGGUCACGGUCCAUGUACUGGAUGGAAGCGCCGCCGCGGCCUCGGACGCUGGCACGUCGGCGGUGGCGACCCGGUUCAGGGAUUGAUUGCUACGAAUGGCGGGCGGUGCGAGCCGAUUGUUCUUGCGGGGCAUAG